CUUAUUGCUCUCUCUUUACUCUCGCUGCCGGCAAACUACUUGGGAAUAUCCGCCGCCAUUUUUCUUCAACGGCAAACCAAACCCUUUCCCCAAUCUCCUCCUCGUUACUGCCGCCAAUCCCAUCCUAUUAAACACUCACAAGCAAAUCCCAAAACAAACCACUGCUUCUCCAUCUUCAAUGGCUUCAUCACCUCUCUCUCGAACUCUUUCAUCUCCUCUCAACCGCCAGUCUUCGUUCCUCUCUCGCCCAACCCAUAAGCUCUCUCUGUCUUUCCCCCCUCGAUCCAUCUCUUCCUCUUCGUCUCGGAGAUCACCACUCGUGUGGACCCAGUUCGGGAACAGUAGCGAGAGCUUUUUCGUACCAAAAUGUUCCAUAGAGGGGAAAGAGAACUCCACCGGAGAGGUUCCCAUUGAAUUGAGGUACCCGGCAUUUCCGUCUGUGAUUGAUAUCAAUCAGAUUCGCGAGAUUUUGCCCCACCGCUUCCCCUUUCUUCUAGUGGAUAGAGUGAUUGAAUACAAUCCAGGAGUUUCGGCUGUUGCUAUUAAGAAUGUUACUAUAAAUGAUAACUUCUUCCCCGGGCAUUUCCCGGAGAGGCCCAUUAUGCCUGGUGUCCUGAUGGUGGAGGCAAUGGCACAGGUUGGUGGCAUAGUUAUGCUGCAACCAGAAGUGGGAGGAUCCCGUGAGAAUUUCUUCUUUGCUGGAAUUGACAAAGUCAGAUUCCGGAAGCCCGUUAUUGCAGGGGACACCCUGGUGAUGAGGAUGACUCUUGUCAAGCUCCAGAAACGCUUCGGAAUUGCAAAGAUGGAUGGGAAGGCGUUUGUUGGAGGCGAGUUGGUAUGCGAGGGUGAAUUUUUGAUGGCUAUGGGUAGUUAAAGCGCAAUGCCUGGAACUUAAAUUUGUCGAGGUUUUGAACUAGCCUUCCAUUUUCUCCUCCUCUGAUUUCUUUCCUUAUUGUAGCUAAACUUAGAGCCUUCCCAUUUUGUUGUUGUGGCAACUGAUGAGCAUCAAUUAUAUUUUUAAGACAAAAUCUACACUGUUAUGAUCAGAAACACUCACUAAUCUUGGUCUUCCC